UACCAUUUCAUGAGGAAUAUAAAACCUCAGACGAGAGACUGUUAGUAAAAACGGAAGCGCUUCUACGACGUUCGUUAUGUUACGUUUCCUAAACCUUCUACACGGUUGUAAGUCGUAGAAGGAAUUAGACGAGUAGAGAAAAUAGGAUGUAAAAUGAGAAGCAACCCAAUUUAAAACCCGUCUCCGUUAUUACUGGGAUCAUUAGUAUAUCUUCCCUUCCCUUUCACGGAUCCAUUCAUGAGUGGGUUCUUUCGUGGGUGGACUAUAUAAACGUGUUUUGGUCUUUCUUUGCUCUUCUGUAUUCUGUAAGAGCUCGUUGAUGUAUUACGUUUACGCGUACCUUUUAUGAUGAACCUUUCUUUUGUUUGCGCGAAUAUCGUUGGUCAGUGACGCAAAGAAAAAAAGACUUCUUUACGCGAUCGUGAAGUUGAUUUUCUCUUAGCAAUCUCAAGUAUCCGAUAAUCUCUACAUUGCCGCAAAGAUGGUGCGUUUAACGAUAAUUUGGGAUAGUACAUUUGUUUCAUGUUUCACCCUGUGUUUUGGAAUCGCAUUGGGCUCAUACGAAACGGCGCCACAUAUAAUCAUCUUUAUGGCUGAUGAUUUGGGGUGGAAUGACGUCGGUUUUCAUGGCUCGGAUCAAAUUCCGACUCCCAAUAUAGAUGCUCUUGGCUAUAAUGGAAUUAUACUAAACAGACAUUAUGUCUUACCAUCCAGCACACCCUCCAGGACUGCCUUUUUCACCGGACAAUAUCCGAUACGUAUUGGUAUGCAGGGAGAAGAUAUACAAGGCGGUGAACCCAGAGGACUUCCUCUCAACGUGAGGAUCUUACCGGAAUAUCUACGAGGCUUGGGGUACAUGACAAAACUUAUCGGAAAAUGGCAUUUGGGAUAUCACACAGCUCAGCACACCCCCUUGCACCGGGGUUUCGAUUCGUUCUUUGGAUUUUAUAACGGUCACGUUUCGUAUUAUGACUAUAAAUAUUCGAAUCAGAACAUGAGCGGAUAUGAUAUGCAUCGUGGCGAUGCUCCGGCUUACGGUUUUACCGACAAGUACGUGACAGAUCUUUUCAGCGAUGAAGCAAUUAGGAUUAUUGAACAUCACGAGCCAUCCCGGCCGCUCUAUCUACAAAUAUCGCAUCUCGCUGUUCACGCGCCUCUCGAGAGCCCGCAUGAUUCUUACGAUCUCUACGAUAAACAAUUUACACACAUUCGAGAAAUUAAUCGCCGCAAGUAUGCUAGAAUGGUAUCGCGAUUAGAUGCGUCUGUCGGACGUAUCGUUCACGCCUUAGGCAACAAAGGGAUGUUAAGGAAUUCUCUAAUCUUAUUUCUCACCGAUAACGGUGCAGCGCCCAUUGGCAAAUUUCGUAAUUAUGGUUCUAAUUACCCCUUACGAGGUAUGAAAUACACGUUAUAUGAAGGAGGUGUGAGAGGAAUUGCUGUAAUAUGGUCACCAAGAUUAAUUAAACCAGCGCGCGUUUGCGAUGAUCUGAUGCACAUAACCGACUGGUUGCCGACUCUCUAUUCCGCCGCUGGUGGUGAUCUAAGGGAUUUAGGCGAGAUUGACGGAGUUGAUCAGUGGCGAAUGUUAAACUAUGGUGACGUGAAAGUCAGAGAGAAGCUAUUGCUAAAUAUCGAUGAGAUCUCCAGGACCGAGGGCGCUAUAUAUAAACAAUUCAAACUUAUUCGUGGAUCAAUUGAGGGAGGUUAUUACGACGGACAUUAUCGCCAUUACGAGAGAAACCCAUUCGUCUUAAUGCCCAAUAAUUCCAAGAAAAAUAUAGAAGACGAUGUACCAUCUUAUACUGACACGAUCCGAAAAAGUUCGGUGUCGGAGAAUAUCGCUAAUUACCUAGGCGGUCCGGUCACUCAACCCAGCACAAUGAUUCAAUUACGGCAAGAGGCUACAGUCCAUUGCCAGUCUAAUAUUGAUUAUUAUAAUAGGAACAACUUUAUCACCUGCAACGUCACCGAGUGUCUAUUCGAUCUCGAGAAUGAUCCCUGUGAAACAAGGAACAUCGCUGAGCAAUAUCCAAGGAUCGCUCGAGAGCUGGAUCAAUUUCUAGAGCAGUACGGCCGCAAUGUUACGAGACAGAUAAAGGUACCGGUAGAUUGGCAAGCAGAUCCGAGGAGAACAAACGAUACGUGGGGGCCAUGGAUACCAUCAGGUGGAGCAACAUUGCACAACUCGGUGGCACACCUAGCCAGUUUAGCAUAUUGUGUUCAUAUCGGGAUUAUUUUUAUAACAGUCAUGUGCAAUGCAUUUAUUUAAGCACUUACGCAAAUAUCGCAUUAUCAGUAUAAAACAAUCGUAAAAAAUAUCAUAUAUAUGUAUAUACUAUACAGGGUGUCCCGCGUAACUUGUCCCACCGGGAACUGGGAGGUAGAUGGGAUUGAAAUAAAUAUAAAAGUCCUUUACCGUUUUACGAUAUUCGCAAUAAUAAACGAGAUAUUAAUUUUUACAUUUGGACUAAUGAGAGCGCGUUGAGAGAAGCGCUCCAGCCGCUCGAGGUCUAGCCUGGCUCGGCGCGGUGCGGCGAGACGUGAGUCGGGCGCCGAGCCACGGCGCGUUUCCCUUCUUGCCUCUCAAACGCGCCUCCAGCAGCCAAUGUAUGAUAGACUAGGCCGGGCUAGACCUCGAGCGGCUUGAGCGCUUCUCUCGACACGCUCUCAUUAGUCCAAAUGUAAAAAUUAAUAUCUCGUUUAUUAUUGCGAAUAUCGUAAAACGGUAAAGGACUUUUAUAUUUAUUUCAAUCCCAUCUACCUCCCAGUUCCCGGUGGGACAAGUUACGCGGAACACCCUGUAUAUGUAUAUAUAUACAGGGUGUUUCAUAAUGUCCGUGCCAACGCUCGUGUGCGA